AUGGAAAUCCCGCUCUACAGCACAUGUGACUGCCGAGAUAGCACACUCUCUUUUGUCGCCAACGUUCUUUCCAUCUUGACGUUUGCUUACAUCCUGCUAGCUGGUACCCUGUACCAGAUAGCGGCCCUCUAUCGGGUGAAAGGAAGCAGUGAUUGGGCCGCAGUUCGGACGCGAGCGGCAAGACUACGAGACUUUGCAGGGCCGAUAGAACGCAGAGAUGCUAUCAGCAUUGAAUUCUUCAACCGCUUAGAUGACCUGGAGAGAGAGAUAGCGCACAAGAUUCCGGGAGACAAGACGACUGGAAAGUGGCAUCUGAUGUGGCGGCAGUUAAAGAGCACAUGGGAUAGAGCUGAGAUCGAAGAAAAGCUAUCCGGGUUGGCACAGAUGCGUCUGCUUCUCGUCGAAUGCAAAUUGACUGAUGCUGAGCAAGACAGCAAGGCGACUGAACAAGCGCUUGACAAAGCUCGCAUUCAACUUGAAGAGUCUAAACGGCUAUUUCUCACUCAGCUUAGGAACGAACCCAAGGAGCGGCGAAGGCGAACAUUGAAUGCGAUCAAGAGCGAAUCUGGCGAAAGAGAACGAGCAGCUUGGGAAGAGAUUGAGGAUGUGAUUAGGAGGCUUGACGUAGAAGAUGUGCAGAGGCGAAGUAUGCGCAGUUUUGUUGAGGGCGUCUGA